UCGUAAAAGCCAGAGUAUCAUAUAACUCUACCUGCUGAGAAGCCUGACAGAGAAGAAGAAGAGAGGGAUUUUGAGGUUUUUGGGAAGCAAUGGAGGAUUCGAAUCCUCCUUGUUUGAGAUGCCCUCACUGCGCUGGCCCUCUUUCCAAGGAUUUGGAAACAAGCAGUUGGACUGUCGCUCCCUUCAUAAGAGACAGCUUCUCCAUGAUUGGUUCUGCUGUUGGUGGGACGGCGAGUGCAUUCUAUGGAUUUAACCUUGCAAUGCCUAUUGUGCAAGGCCGGAUAAAGGGGCCCAUGUGGUUGCACUUCCUCAUUGGUGCUCCACCUGUUAUAGUCUUCUCUUCGGCUUGUGCUGGAUUGGCAGGAGGUGCUGUACCAGCUCUAGCGCAACUGGCCUCCUCAGCAUAUCAUGCAGCCAUCUCUUCUUCAUCACUGCCACCUGCUCAGGAUGAUAAGAUGCACAAAUCAAGAAGUUCUUCUCCUCUGUGAUUUACCAAUGGUUGGUACCGGGGCAUUAGAAAAUCCAACUUAUAUCAGGCCUUGCUAUGGAGGUGGGGAGCACCAUAGAUGGCUUUCUAUCCUGCCAAGUGCUGUUUCAGCACCGUCCUGGGCACUCUCAGGGCUUCAUAAAGGCCACCACAUGUUCAUAUUAAAAUGUUGUAGUUUCUUUCUUUACUCAGUCAUGCCUAGUUGUGAACAAUAUGAUUUUAUUACUUUGCCUAAUAAAAAUCGGUCCUAACUGUUCUUUUC